GCUCCUUGCAACAUAGCUAGCUUGACAGCGCUGCAUUUAUUAGGCGAGUAGCAGCGACUCUGAGGGGCGGUUGUUACCGGGGAAUUUCGGAUCUGGUCCCGGAAGCGAGCACGGAGGAGCGAGGGCGAUACGGGGACCGCUUACUCCCGAACGGCGCACACAGACUGGAUUUGGAGGGCCUUAUUUGCAGUAGCCGCUUACCAUGGGGAAUAGCGCCCUGAAAGCUCAUCUGGAGACCUCGCAGAAGACCGGCGUUUUUCAGUUGACCGGGAAAGGCCUCCCGGAGUUCCCGGAGGAGCUCCAGAGGCUGACUGGAAAUCUCCGGACAGUUGACCUGUCCAACAAUAAGAUUGAAGUGCUGCCUGCCUUUAUUGGCAGCUUUCUCCAGCUGAAGAGUCUCACCUUAAACUCUAAUAAAUUCACAACUCUCCCGGAUGAAAUUGGUAAAUUGAAGAAGCUUGAAACCCUCCAUCUGAAUGGGAACCAGUUGCAGCGGAUACCGCCAUCAGUUGGACAGCUGAGCGCGUUGCGCACCCUCGGUCUCUCCGGUAACCGCUUGAAGGAGUUUCCUACGGGACUGGGCACACUACGUCACCUGGAUGUUCUGGACCUGUCCAAAAAUCGCAUCCAGGCUGUACCCGCAGAGGUGGCUGUGCUGCAGGCCAUCGAGAUCAACCUCAACCAGAACCAGAUCUCGGCCGUGUCAGCCGAGGUGUCCCGCUGCCCCAGGCUGAAGGUGCUGAGGCUGCAGGAGAACUGCCUCGAGCUCUCCUCCAUCCCGGUGUCCAUCCUCACCGAAUCCCAGGUGUCCCUGCUCUCCCUGGAGGGCAACCUGUUUGAGGUGAAGAAUGUGCGUGACAUGGAGGGAUAUGAACAGUAUAUGGAGCGCUUCACUGCCACCAAGAAGAAGUUUACCUGAGGUGCAGGGAAGCUCCCCCUGGAGGCUGGCCACCAAACUUCAUCCCUGACAGGAGAGCAGCAAGGCUCAGGUUUCAGCAUUGGCUGCUGCUCACAGCGAGGGAGGAAGAUUCGGCCUCAGAGAUGGAGAGAGAGGGAGGACGCUUCAAAGCAUGCCAACACUACACAAGCAGUGCCCAGGCUGUGCACCCAGCUCAACUACAGUCUCUUUCAGGAUACAGUACAGCAUGGACCAUGAACACACUUGGGCUGUUCCUGGAAAUUGCAUCACCACCAACAACUAUUAAAAAUGACACAUGUGCUUUGGUUAGUCCAGCUGUCACUGAUGUCUGGAGAAAAUUCUGCAUGUUUUAGAGAAUUAAUCUUGCAAAUUGACAUUAAUCUGGAGACCGUGUAGAGCUCUAUUAGGACAACUUUAACUAAAGACUCAGUUAGCACUUUUCAGUAAAGCCAUGUGUUAUUUUUAGUACUCAAGAUUAGGUCCUGAGUUGCUGCGCCAUAAUGUAUGUCAGUGGAUAUGAUGGUGGAAUUAGGAAGACAAUGAGGACUACAGUCUACUAUGGCCCUUAGGUGAAGUGGGGAAAAAACGUUGAAAACAUAUUUGCAGAAUCUGAAGAUGGAACACAGGAAGUGGAUUCCAAGCUUGUUUUCAUAAUGUUUUAUAAUGUCUUUAUGCUCUGAUGGUUAUGAGACCCGUAUGACUAGAAAUCUGAAUGAAAGCUGAAUUGUCACUCAGAGUUCUGGCAGUGGCCAACAUGCUCAAGGCAUAAGGGGGUGAUGAAUGUCUGAAUUCGUGGAAGAAAUAAAGCAUUCCUUUUCAAACAAAUGUUUUUUUUUUUUUGCUAAGGAGAUAUAAUAUAAAUAUUUUAAUUUGAAAACUUGGCUUUAUUUUCUGCAGUCUUGAUUUUAGCAAGUUUAUCUUGAUGCUCUGAUACUGAAGAAUUGUUUUAUACAUCUGAAACAGUUUGGGUAUGAAAUUUAUGAUGAAAUACUGGUGUGGUGCAAUUUCUAUGAACACAGCAUCAUUUUGAUACGGGUCAAAUAAUGUGACUGUUAAGUGUUGAUUUUGCCCUGUGUCAGGAGUGGCAUUUCUCUAUAGCCCACAGCUUUCACUAUCAGGUAUCACUGCAGAUAAUGAAUUCACUGUUCAAUUUCAUGUUUUAGUGGAUCAUAUUGAAGCACAUCAACACACUGAAAGAACUCCUCCCGGUCCACAGCUCUGUUAGCCAUGUAGUAUUAUAAAUAAAUAGGCAGAGUCACUCUACGUAUAUAUUGUGGGAAGAGAAUAAUGCAAAAUUUAACCCCAGCUUUAGAAUGUAAAUUUCAGUGUAUAACUUGCUAACAACAUAUUUGUUUAUGUUUUGAGAAGCGAUGGAGAGGAAAGGGAAGGAAGUGAUGUCAUUCCGUUUUCCUGUUAGCCCUUUCCUCGCUGUUGAGCUAGAAGUUGUAUGUUUCCUGAUUCCUCUGGCUUUUAAGACAUGCAAGAGUAGCCUAUGGGAUUUUGUACACAAAGUGGUGAUAAAUAUCCCCUGCCAUUUUUACAUAGAAUUUUUCUGUCAUAACGGAAGUCCUAUCAAUUUAUUUAAGUUUUCUUAAAAAUUGGCAAAUUGAGUGGGAAUUAGAGUGCAUUGAAAUAAUCGCUGUAAAUACAGGAUUACAUUUUUAUUCUGGUUCUAUUUAUUUUCUGUAGUGCUUUUCACAGAGAUGCUGUCAUAAGGAUGCUUUACAGGAAAACAGGAUAUAUAGAGCAUAACCCAUAAGAAUGUCCUUUAAUGGAAUAUUAUUCAUUGUUAUUUAUCAUUGUCAUAUUUUACCACCAUCUGGACUUUAUUUGGUGUAACAUUAAAAUUGACAAAUACUACAAAAUACUAAAUGCAUUAAUAUUAACAUGUUUGCUUGAUACUUAGUCCCUUUUGUGUGUGAAUACAAACUUAUAAUUUAUUAAAAUAAAUUUAAAGAUAAAAUUUU